AUUCCUAAACGAUCGUAACCUCCACUUAUAGCAUAGAAAAAGUACUAUCAUAAGCUAACACUUUGUUAACAUUUUGUACAAUCUGUAUAACCGAAAUAAACCUAUAAAAGGUUUCAAAGGCUCAAAUUAAAAAAAAAAAAAAAAAAUGCCCUGUGAAUUAAUCAAACGAAAAUGGGAAACCGGUUGUACGGUUUUCAGUCGUCGAGUCGUCGAAGAAAAUGACAAUUAGCGGGCUGCGCCCUUCGCGAAAUGGUAUCCUUAAAACAAUAAAGGUCCGAGAUGGGCAACGUGGGAGAAGAUUUCAAGGAUAGCCCCCGUGGAUCUGGUCGGGUCAUCGCGUGGGCACUUAUUUCGUGGCACAACAGGACCCUCCACCCUCUUCACGCGUCCCACGCCGCUCGUGUGUGUGUGUUGGUUGCGUGUGCGCGCGUUAUGUAUCCCCUCUCUCCGCGUCACCGCGUUCGGUUGAGGUGGGGAGCGCGGCAAGGCGGCGUGUCAGAAGGGGUGAGGGUUGGCCGCACGUCGCGGGUGGUGGGGAUGGUUGAUCGACCGUACCCUCAGCCGGUUUUCUAGUCGCCCUGCCGAGCCCCGACGUUCAUUCUACCUCGAUCAGCCGAGCGAGCAACAUCUCUGCAAUCCCCACGGAGAAGGACACGGCGAAGAGCUCGAAGGACGUCUGGGGAACUAGAACAAAGUCGAGACAGCGCGAGAUCGAGAAAGAUGACGCGCGAGUGGGUGUGGUUAUUAACUCUGUGCUCCAUCGUCGCGAUAUGCGAAUCGUUGCCCACGAACCUGUCGGAGAACGCGAAAAAGACUGACCAAGCCAUGAGACCAAAACCUAAACGGGCACAGGAAAUGUUGAUGUUUGGCAAUCAACAAAAUCGUCAGGCGGACGGCAACGCGGGAGCAUCUUACACGUCCAACGCGGAGAAGAGAACUGCUUCCGCGUCAGGAUUGGGUGGACUGAAGGUAGCCCUAGCCGAAGAAGAGAAGACCUCUCGCUCGAAGGAGCUGGGCAACGGUCUCUACGAUCGGGAUUCCUUUUCCCCUUACGACAAAAAUUACGACUACGGUAAGGUCCUGAUGAACGAGCUGGGCGACGAACUGCCCCAGGUCUGGGACGUUGCUCCGUAUUCCCGUUACUACUUGAACGAGGAGCGUCGAAAGAGAUCCGACAAGUCCGUUCUGGUUGGAACGACCACCAUCAAACCGUCGACCACUUCGUUCCAGUCACCAACAGCCACGCAGCAGACUGUACAGGCGCAGAUGAAGAGGAGCGUUCCGAUUUACCAAGAGCCACGAUUCAAGAGGGAAUUAGACAUCGAUCCAGAGGAUGUGUUGACCCUGCUCUCCCUCUGGGAAAACGAGCGUCGUAAUCGAAACUGGCACAAAUACGUGAACGACGAGUACGAGAACGUGGACGACGACGGCAACAUCCUCGAAGAGGAGGCCCCUCGAAACAUCAUUCCAUGGGUGGAAUCCCCGUUGUAUCCUCAUCGUCGAUACAGCGUCGAUUCCCUGUCUUCGUCCGAUAUCGGAAUUGUACGUACCCAUCCGCCGAGCUAUUACGAACAAUACGGCAACCAGUACGCUCAACAAUACGAGGGCGGUUCUCAAUACGGCAGCCCUCAAUACGGUCUUGUUUAUCCUAAACAAACGUACUACAACGCGCCAGAGAAGAGGUUCAUGGUCACCAGGAAACGCUCGCAGGCGUACGACCCCUACUCCGGCGCUGCUCAGUUCCAAAUCAGCUCUCAAUCGCGAGGAUAUCCCUACCCACAUCGCCUAGUCUAUUAAGCCAUCCGAUUCUGCUCGGCAAACUAAAGUAACGAAAAGAAACAGAAAAAGAGAUCGAGAAAUAAAUUAUCGAGAACGUAUUCGGGGUAAACAGCGAGAGGUAUCCAACAGCGACGGGAGAAAGAAGGGUAACGGAAUUUACGUUUUCGGACUCUCGUACAACACAAAACACGAUUUCGCGGUCUUUUCGGCGAGGUUCCUCUCUGACGUCUCCCCCCAUCCCCCCCCCCACACCUCCACCCCCACCCCCACCCCACAAUCAUAUUUUUAGUCGUUCUGUCUUUGUUGCGAACACAGCGAUACGUGCUCGAGUAGCGAAACAAGAAAAGACUACUUCUUACUUUAAGAAACACGGUGCUCAGAAAGACUUUUCACUAGCUACAAGAGUCUGCUGAAGAGAUAACAGAUCACUCGCGUCUUAAUCGUUUAGCGGCGCCGCAUUGAUUCACUUCCGUUAAAAUCACUCCGAAUGAUUUCCGUUGUAACGUAAAUUUUCGUUUGGAUACGUGUACCGCAGAAAUGUCGAGAUUCUUAUACGAUCAAGGGAACGUCGUCGCUCCGAAAAUAUCGAACGUUUCGAUGUCCAUUUUCUAUGGAGAGAAUAUUAACGUCGAUCGCGCGAUAAUGAUUAAGGUACCACGUGAAAGGAUAACUCGGGCGCUUUCACUUGGGUACUUCAGCGUGCUCUUGUACCUUUUCGCUUGAAACGGUGAAGUUACAGUAUUUAAGCACCUCGCGCGUGCAACGCCCGGGGCGCAAUUGAGAAACCCCCGGCGAUCACGCCACGACUGAAAUCGUUAAACAAUCGUAGUACUCGAAUCAAACUACCCUCAGGCUUGGUUUACGAUUUUUCUGACUGAUAUAAAAGACGAAGAUUAACUAUUUUCCAUGGGGCUAGCUCGAACGGCGUAGACGUAGCAUUCCAUCCGAUAGAUAACCGUAGAACUUGAAACGAGAGACGGAUUAUUGGCGUUGUUGAUCGUAUUCGAACGUUCGAUAAAUAUUUCUGAAAUUUCUGGUUGACGCCAGAGAGAGAUUAUACGGAUGAAGCGGAGGAGCCUAUAGGGGCCUCUGUAAGCGAAGAUUGCUGACGCGACGAAAGAGAGAUUUCAGAAAUAUUUAAGGAAAGAAGAUGUCCAACGAGGAGAACAAGGACGGGACUUUCGAUCCGUGGAUCGUAAAGAACGACAAGUGAUUUUAGGAUACGCGAAUUCAGAACGAAAGACAAGGAGGGAAGAUACGUAGUUUCUUAAGCUAUCGUUCGUUUCGCGCCAAUGGACAUUGUUAUAUGCAUAUUGUCCCUAGGGAUGUUCGAGUCUAACACGAUUUUCUAGAAAAUCAGACUUUUUUUUUUUUUUUUUUUUUUUUUGAAGUAACAACCGAUUUUUGUACCUCGAUCUCUCGUGAAAUAUGAACACGGUUUUCGAUCGUUAUUUCAAUCGGAUUACAUCGUUUAAUGCGCGAUUACUUAACAGUAAUUGAUUUAUCAUUUAAUUUUUAGCUCAUUUUUGUCGUGUAUAAUAUCUGAAAUACAAAUACUUUUGAAGUUGAGACUUUAAAAAUAUGUAAUACGAUUAGUAAGCAGAGAAACAAUUUUUCGAAUUGAUCUUUAAGAUGUCGUUUCUUU